AUGUUUUGUCGCCGACGUGAAGCAGAAUGCCUCCAUUAUACAGUAGUUUCAAAACUGGCACCUUCAUGGAAUAAAGUAAAUAAUUUACUUUUACAAGGUCGAGAUUUUUUAACCUCUUCUGUGCCUUUAAAAGCUAUAGAUUAUGGAGGCUGGGAAGUCCUCAACAAAUUCUCCUUCGUUCGGAUUGAUGAACAGUGCAAUGUGUUGCCUAGCUUGAAACGAGCGAAAAUUCUUUCGUUGUCUAAACAUAUAGGGCAGAAUUCACCUUUUAAAAGUUACGGAGAAUUGUUAAAGCAUUGGAAGAAUAUGUAUGGUUAUAGGUUGCCUGACCUUCCGGAAUCGAGCAUAUGUUACGUUAACGUUGUCUUUCCCUAUCCUAGCUCGCCUAUUUACACCUAUCCAAUAUUUUGCGUACGACCUUUCGGAGUCAUUGAAAUUCCUCGGAUUAACCCUCAAGAUACAAUUCAAUUGUUUUUGAAAGACUUCUUUAAAAGAGUUGGAAGCGUUUGUGGAGAAAAAUGCCAACUACUGGACUUCAAAGCAUCUUUUCCUGCUUUACAGCUUUAUGCCGCAUCUGAUAUCACAGAAGGAGAUUCAUUCGACCUUAAAUCAAAUAGAGAAAAGACAACAAAAUUCGUUGUUUAUCUUCUUCAAAGCCGUUCUGAAGGCCCAGGUUCUCCUUGUUCAGAAUCUGUAGGGGUAGAGAGAAUAUGUGGUUCUUGA